AUGGAUUACGAAAAGAAGGAUAUGGGCCUUGCUGGCAUGUGGGUCACGUUGUACUUUGGAUUUCUGGGGCUAUGCUCUAUUAUAACUGGCGGCUGCAUUCUCUUUCUGCACUGGAAGAAGAACCUCCAGCAGGAGGAGCGUGCCCAGCAGUGCACUUACAGCCCACUCCUGUACUAGAUAAACAAGCGAUGCCAAUAUGGCAUGAAUGCAGCUAUCAACACAGGCCCUCCCUGGGCUGUUACCAAAACUGAGAUUAAAGUUGAGAUUCCAGAUUCUCUGUGGGGGUCAGACACCCCUGAAGGCAGGCAUUAUGCCAACAGAGGCAGCAGCCCCAAGGCAGAGGCCUCUGUUCCCCUGCAACCUGAUCUGGUGGUCCCACAGCAGCCUCUUUCUAACUGGAUGGCAUAGCACAGGACCAGAUCUCCAUUCCCAAUUAUGUUUUAGGAGAUACCCUUUGCCCCACCCCUUCGCAAUCAACCUCCAAUGCUGAACCACUCUGCCUGCUACUCAUUUGCCAUCUGUAUCAAAAGUAAUGUCCACUUCUAUUCCCUUCCCACACUGACCCAUGGGGUGAACUGUUUCAAUGCAAAGCCUUUUGCUUCAGAGGUAUAG